CCUUGCGAGGCGCCCCCCCCCCUCCGUUAGGACCCGAACGGUGUUCGGCCGGGGACGACGAGACUUGAACGGAACACACCGGCAGCCGCCCGCGCGCCCGAGUCACGGAGAGCUCUCCUGAGACGGAACCGCAGCGCCAAGUGAGAGUCAGCUUAAAGCGGAUUGAGCUCCAGGUGGAGUAUCCAUGGAGGUGUGGAGCCUUGUCACCAACCUCUAACUGCAGAACUGGGAUGUGGAGCUGGAAGGGCCUCCUCUUCUGGGCUGUGCUGGUCACAGCCACACUUUGCACUGCCAGGCCGGCCCCAACCUUGCCUGAACAAGCUCAGCCCUGGGGAGACCCUGUGGAAGUGGAGUCCCUCCUGGUCCACCCUGGUGACCUGCUGCAGCUUCGCUGUCGGCUGCGGGACGAUGUGCAGAGCAUCAACUGGCUGCGGGACGGGGUGCAGCUGGUGGAAAGCAACCGCACCCGCAUCACGGGGGAGGAGGUGGAGGUGCGGGCUUCCGUCCCCGCAGACUCUGGCCUCUACGCUUGUGUGACCAGCAGCCCCUCUGGCAGUGACACCACCUACUUCUCCGUCAAUGUCUCAGAUGCACUUCCCUCUUCAGAGGAUGACGACGAUGAUGAUGACUCCUCUUCAGAGGAGAAAGAGAAUGACAACACUAAACCAAACCGUAGGCCUGUAGCUCCAUACUGGACGUCCCCAGAAAAGAUGGAAAAGAAAUUACAUGCAGUGCCAGCUGCCAAGACAGUGAAGUUCAAAUGUCCAUCCAGUGGGACACCUAACCCCACUCUGCGCUGGUUAAAAAAUGGCAAAGAAUUCAAACCUGACCACAGGAUUGGAGGCUACAAGGUCCGUUACGCUACCUGGAGCAUCAUAAUGGAUUCCGUGGUGCCUUCUGACAAGGGCAAUUACACUUGUAUUGUGGAGAAUGAGUAUGGCAGUAUUAACCACACCUACCAGCUUGAUGUUGUGGAGCGGUCCCCUCACCGGCCUAUCCUGCAGGCAGGGUUGCCUGCCAACAAGACAGUGGCCCUGGGCAGCAAUGUGGAGUUCAUGUGUAAGGUGUACAGUGACCCACAGCCCCACAUUCAGUGGCUAAAGCACAUCGAGGUGAAUGGGAGUAAGAUUGGCCCGGACAACCUGCCAUAUGUCCAGAUCCUGAAGACUGCUGGAGUUAACACCACCGACAAGGAGAUGGAGGUGCUUCACUUGCGAAAUGUCUCCUUUGAGGACGCAGGGGAGUAUACGUGCUUGGCGGGUAACUCUAUUGGACUCUCCCAUCAUUCUGCAUGGUUGACCGUUCUGGAAGCUCUGGAAGACAGACCAGCAGUGAUGACCUCGCCCCUCUACCUAGAGAUCAUCAUCUACUGCACUGGGGCCUUCCUCAUCUCCUGCAUGGUGGGCUCUGUCAUCAUCUACAAAAUGAAGAGUGGCACUAAGAAGAGUGACUUCCAUAGCCAAAUGGCCGUGCACAAGCUGGCCAAAAGCAUCCCUCUGCGCAGACAGGUAACAGUGUCAGCUGACUCCAGUGCAUCCAUGAACUCUGGGGUUCUUCUGGUUCGGCCCUCACGCCUCUCCUCCAGUGGGACCCCCAUGCUAGCUGGGGUCUCUGAAUAUGAGCUUCCUGAAGAUCCCCGAUGGGAGCUGCCCCGAGAUAGACUGGUCUUAGGCAAACCCCUAGGAGAGGGCUGCUUUGGGCAGGUGGUGCUGGCCGAGGCCAUCGGGCUGGACAAGGACAAACCUAACCGUGUAACCAAAGUGGCUGUGAAGAUGUUGAAGUCGGAUGCAACAGAAAAGGACCUGUCAGACCUGAUAUCAGAGAUGGAGAUGAUGAAGAUGAUUGGAAAGCACAAGAACAUUAUCAACCUGUUGGGGGCCUGCACACAGGAUGGGCCUCUGUAUGUCAUCGUGGAGUACGCCUCCAAGGGCAACCUGCGUGAGUAUCUGCAGGCCCGCAGGCCCCCGGGGCUGGAAUACUGCUACAACCCCACCCACAAUCCCGAGGAGCAACUGUCCUCCAAGGACCUGGUAUCCUGUGCCUAUCAGGUGGCCCGGGGCAUGGAGUAUCUCGCCUCUAAGAAGUGCAUACACCGAGACCUGGCUGCCAGGAAUGUCCUGGUGACAGAGGACAAUGUGAUGAAGAUUGCAGACUUUGGCCUUGCUCGGGACAUUCACCACAUUGACUACUAUAAAAAGACCACCAAUGGCCGGCUGCCCGUAAAGUGGAUGGCACCUGAGGCAUUAUUUGACCGGAUCUACACCCACCAGAGUGAUGUGUGGUCGUUUGGGGUGCUCCUGUGGGAAAUCUUCACACUGGGUGGUUCUCCAUACCCUGGUGUGCCUGUGGAGGAGCUUUUCAAGUUGCUGAAGGAGGGUCAUCGAAUGGACAAGCCCAGUAACUGUACCAAUGAACUGUACAUGAUGAUGAGGGACUGCUGGCAUGCAGUGCCCUCUCAGAGGCCUACCUUCAAGCAGCUGGUAGAAGACCUGGACCGCAUUGUGGCCUUGACCUCCAACCAGGAAUAUCUGGACCUGUCAAUGCCCCUGGAUCAAUAUUCCCCCAGCUUUCCUGACACCCGAAGCUCAACAUGUUCCUCGGGGGAGGACUCUGUCUUCUCUCAUGAGCCACUGCCUGAGGAGCCCUGUCUUCCCCGACAACCCAUCCAGCUUGCCAAUGGUGGACUCAAGCGACGCUGACUGCCCUCCUCCCAGCCUUCCCCGUUACGUUAUCACCUGCGCCCCUCACCCAUAGCUCCCUUUGGACUCAUAGCCUUUAUCUUUUCCUGCUGGCAGGAGCCAGUGUCUACCUGGAGUUUCCUGUGCGCCCCGGCCUCCUCCUCUCCUCAACCCGUGUGAGAGGAGCCUAGGCAGGUGCUUGCUGGUGGCCGCUUCGUUCCCUUCCCGGUGUUGGACCAAGAGCCUGCUCUGCUGCCUGGAGCUGCCUUGAGGUCUGGGGAGCGGGACAGGCAGGCUUGUAAGCAAGAGCUUACCUGAGUGUUCUUGGUGGAGGUUUUACCCUGGUCCGUCAGCUCCUGGUGUUCCGCUGGCCAGCUGCCAUCUCCUUGGGCUACUGCAGCAGGAAAGUCAUUGCUCAGGCCUCAACUGAAGACAACCUCUGCUCCAGAUGGAUGGUGCCAGUGGCUUCUUAAUUCCAAUAAUAAUUUGCUUUGCUGACCAAAUACCUGGUACCGGAGGAUGGUGAGGCAAAGACUGGGUGCGAUGAAAUGGCCCUGGGGCCCAGCCUUAAACUGGGGCUUUGUACAUAGCAAUGAAGAAAACACAAAGUGUAUAAAUCUGAGUAUAUAUUUACAUGUCUUUUUAAAAGGGUCGUUACCAGAGAUAUACCCGUUGGGUAAGAUGCUCCUGGUGGCUGGGAAGCAUCAGUUGCUAUAUAUUUAAAAAAAAAAAAAAGUAAAAGAAAAAAGAAAAAAAAGAAAAUGUUUUUUAAAAGGUCAUAUAUUUUUUUGCUACUUUUGCUGUUUUAUUUUUUUAAAUUAUGUUCUAAACCUAUUUUCAGUUUAGGUCCCUCAAUAAAAAUUGCUGCUGCUUCAUUUUUA